UUUUAUGUUUUCCCAGGAAGCGCCAUGGCCUGUGCUGCUGUUAUGAUUCCUGGGUUGUUGCGGUGCUCUGUUGGAGCCAUCCGUACUGAGGCUGCUUCACUGAGAUUGACACUCAGCACUUUGCGCCACCUUACUCUAACCAGCAUAAUGAAAUCCAAAAGGAAAACUGAUCACAUGGAGAGAACUGCAAGUGUCGUUCGACGGGAGAACAAUUUAUUUCAUCAAGGGAGAAAGCACUCACCGUCAGUGAUUUUUUUUUUUUUGCUUGUUGCUGAUCAAGUUUUUUUUUUUUUAGCUGGCCAGUGGUUUUUAAAAUUUUUUUUUUUUUGUGUCCAAUGCAGAAUAUGCUCCAUUUUUUUUUUUUUAGAACAAGAGAGAAUGAUUUUUUUUUUUUUGAAAUAUACAUGUACACUUGACUUUUUUUUUUUUUUGAGAGUGGGUGGAGAGUUUUUUUUUUUUUUUCAGCCUGCGGAUGCCUUUUUUUUUUUUUUGUUGAUUGCAGGAGGAGUUUUUUUUUUUUUUCUGCUUUCCAUCCUGCUUUUUUUUUUUUUUCUCCUCAGAGAGCGGAAAAAGACCAGUGAAGCCUACCUGUGUAAUACAGUACUCCGAGAGGCAGUCGGCUCUCAGGGAAGUCAGAGGAAGUUUUACUGUUGCCAAAAAAGUGGUGAUUGUUUUGGCUAA